AUGACUCUAUUGAUCAAUAUAUUGGUGCGCUCUCUGUAUUCGUACGUCACGUUGGCAACUGCCGAGGGCAAAAUUACCCCAAAUCAUAUCGAGCUGAUCAGAGAUGUUGCAAUCAUCGGCGGAGGCGCAUCGGGGACGUACGCCGCCGUUCGACUUCGCGAAGACCUAAACACGAGCAUAGUGCUCAUCGAGCCCAGACCAAAUCUGGGUGGUCACACUAGCACCUACCACAUUCCCGAAACAAACAUUUCGAUUGAUUACGGAGUCCAAAGCUACAUACCUUACGGACCGGCUACCGAUUUCUUUACACGCUUUGAGAUUGAUACGGUGAUCCCCACUAAUCAGAGGUUGACGGCACUCAAUAUCGACGUCGAGACGGGUGAGGAACUGGAGGACUACAGCGCCCCGAGUGCAAAUGCAACCAACGAAGCGUUGCAGCGAUGGCUUGCGAUCACGUCGAAAUACAGAGAUAUGUUGGAGCCCGGCCUCUGGCAAUUUCCAUCUCCAGCAGAUAUCCCUGAAGAACUUCUUACGCCAUUCGGUGAUUUUGCUAAGCUCCAUCAGUUGGAAGCCGCUGUUCCACGGAUAGUCGUAAUAUCUGGUGUGGGCUAUGGAGGCAUUCGCAAUCUUUUGACGCUCACCGUCUUACAGGCUUUUGGGGCCUCACUUACGGAAGGUCUAUUGAGCGGCACACUUUUCAGACCUGUUGGCAAUAACGGUGUCCUCUACGAACGCGCGCUCGAGCUCCUUAAGCCGGACGUACUAUUAUCGAGCACCGUUCACGAUGUAAAGCGAACCAGGAACGGGGUGAGGCUAUUAAUAAAGCAGGGUGAUACCAGCUACAUCAUCAAGGCACGUCGCAUUCUGUAUACCGCAGGCCCGAGCCUGGAAAAUCUGGCUCCUUUUCAUCUCAACAAUAAGGAAACGGCUGCUUUCUCGAACUGGAUCGAAGAGGCCAACUUCGUAGGAAUUCUGAAGGCGCCUUGCUUACCAGAAAACUACUCCAUCACGUAUUUGCCUUCGGCAGCGGUACCGGCUGACCAACUUGCGAUCAAAGACUGGCCAUACAGUCUGCGUCUAGACUCGACAGGGCCUGCAGGCCAAGGUCUCUUCCGAGUCGUCUUCGGCGCCAACUAUACGAUAUCUCCGUACGCCUUCACAAACAUAGUCUUGAAAAGCGUCAAAGGAAUACAGGAUGCUGGAACUGUCCCCGCGGAUUGCGAAGCGGAAUUUGAAGCGCUUUCGGAUCAUAGCCGCCCUUGGUGGCCGCGGUCUGCUGAGCGGUUUCGAGCAGGUUUUGUUCAAGACUUAUAUGCCCUGCAGGGAUAUAGAAAUAUGUGGUAUACUGGAUACGCUUGGGGAGCGCAAUACAGCUCAACUGUUUGGGCAUUUACCGACACAGUUCUCGAGAGACUCAUAAAGGAUAUGAAGAGCGGGACCUGA